UAUAUAUAUCCUCAAUCUGACUGAAGAAGAGAGAAGAAAGAAACGCAGAAAUCAAGAUGGGUAAAGGAGGGAUGUCUAUCAUCGAUGAAGAAGAGAACAUGGCGGCGUGGCUAAUCGGAAUCAACACCCUCAAAAUCCAGCCUUUCAAGCUUCCUCCUCUAGGUCCACAUGAUGUUAGAGUCCAGAUGAAAGCUGUUGGUAUUUGUGGGAGUGAUGUUCAUUACUUGAAGAAAUUUGAAUGUGCUGGUUUUGUUGUGAAAGAGCCUAUGGUUAUCGGUCAUGAGUGCGCAGGAAUCAUACAACAAGUUGGGACCGAGGUUAAAUCUCUGGUCCCGGGUGAUCGAGUCGCGCUCGAACCGGGCAUCAGCUGUUGGCGAUGCAACCAUUGCAAAGGUGGUCGAUACAAUUUAUGCCCUGAUAUGAAGUUUUUCGCCACUCCUCCUGUUCAUGGCUCCCUAGCCAAUCAGGUGGUGCAUCCAGAAGACCUUUGUUUUAAGCUUCCGGAUAAUGUGAGUCUUGAGGAAGGAGCAAUGUGUGAGCCACUCAGCGUUGGCGUGCAUGCUUGUCGAAGGGCAAACGUGGGUCCCGAAACUAAUGUCCUCAUAUUUGGUGCGGGUCCCAUAGGACUCGUUACAAUGCUGGCUGCCCGUGCUUUCGGAGCUCCGAGGAUCUUGGUUGUUGAUGUUGAUGAUUAUAGACUCUCGGUUGCCAAAAGUCUUGCUGCAAACGAAACUGUCAAGGUUUCAACUAAUUUGCAGGAUAUUGACGAUGAAGUAGAACAGAUUAAGAAAGCUAUGGGGGCGGAAGUAGAUGUGACAUUCGAUUGCGCUGGAUUUAGCAAGACGGUUUCGACAGCCUUACGUGCGACUAGCGCAGGGGGUAAGGUUUGCCUAGUGGGGAUGGGCCAUAAUGAAAUGACAGUCCCUUUAACUCCAGCAGCUGCAAGGGAGGUUGAUGUUGUGGGAGUAUUUCGGUACAAGAACACAUGGCCGCAAUGCCUUGAAUUUCUGAGCAGUGGAAAGAUCGAUGUGAAGCCGUUAAUCACUCAUAGGUACGGUUUUUCGCAGAAAGAAGUUGAAGAAGCUUUCGAGAUGAGCGCCCAAGGAAGUAGAGCUAUUAAGGUCAUGUUUAAUAUGUAAUAAGAAUAUUUCCAACAAACUGAAAUAAGUUGUCACAAUUUGUCACUAAUAACAGUAUUAUUAUUGGGUUAUUUAAAAAUAAAAUGAGAUAUAGUUGAUGAA